UGUAAAACUGCUCCGCUGUAACGCCCUUUCGUCUGUUGCAUAAAAACGUUUUGGUCCCGGAUCCGAAGGCGCGAGACAAGUGUGAAAUCCUGACAAAAGUAAAGUAGGUGGUGCCCGGCGUUGACUCCUUCAUCCUACGAUAUGUUGUAUAUGUAUAUCGCUCUUACUUUCACUCCCGGCGCAUCUCGGCAAGCCAGGCAAAGGCCUUCCAGCGGAUGAUCCUACGAUCCAUAGACAAUGUAAUUGGUAGUUACCAUCGAGAUUGCCUGGCCGUACGUUCGCCGGUAUUACGGUCCAAGUGGAUACUCGGCUCUGAAUCGAAUCGCUCGCGGCCGAUUCAAGCUUUUCCACAACAUGGCGGGAGACGUUUUUACUCUGUUUGUCGUAAUCACCCUGACCGCUGCAGAGCUCCAAAAAUUUUUCAAUACGACGGCGCAGCCAAUUAAUACCAACUUCACCUGCGCCGGCCGCCCGACUGGUUACUACGCCGACGUACCGUCGAACUGCAGGAUUUACUACAACUGCGAUGACCAGGGCAACAAGUUUUCUUAUCUCUGUCCCGAGAUGACCGCCUUCCGGCAAGAGGCUCUGAUCUGCGAUCACGCGUACCUCGUUGACUGCCAGGCGGGAGCUCGGCUCGGCAAAAUGGCCCACGAACCUUCAACCUCGUCAGAAUUCACCUCGACUACGACGCAACCUAGUCGAUGGAUGACGGGCAAUCUCUUCCGCGGUUUUUCAUCCGAGAAGAACUCAACGGUCCGUAAGGAGGUCAACACUGGACGGUUCCAUUUUGGUACAGUAAAUUCACCCGAGCGGUCUAACAAUUCGAACACGGUUCCAAGCUGGGCGGACGAUCGGAGAACACAGCAAGUUUCAAGCACAGAAAGGUUUUCAGGGGAAAAAUUCGGAGUUUAUAAUAAAUUUCCCUUCGGUUACCAGACGUCCCACGUCAGCGAGAACUGGCAGAGCGACCACCGGCAGACGUUCUCCAAUCUGCCCAUACAAGCUCGAUUCGGUACCUACUUCGACGAACAGAUAAAGAGCAAGCCAGCAUCUCCUCGAGUUCGGUCAGGCGAAGAUCAGCUCACGAUGAACUCGAGAGAACAACGCAUCGAGUCGACGACGUCACGUUUCCCCUUUGGAUAUACGCGGACCAUGGAAUCCCACUUCAGCUUUCAAAACAGCAAUUAUCCUCGUUGGGACAAAGUGGGUGCCAAGUCCACUCAGACUCCUGGCCGACCGUCCACGACGACCCCGACAACGCCCUUGACCUCGGAAUUUCCCCAACGCGAUUAUACGGCAUCCUUGAAACCGCUUGUACCCAACGUCCUGGAAGACGAUCCUUACUAUCCCACCGAAACCGGGACAACGACGGAAAUAUAUUACACUCCCAGUGAAGAUAACAACGUGCUACCACGAGCUUUGACUGCCCCGAACUUUCAGCCUCCUCUUGUUGGCGUGUAUUUCAAGGUACCCGAUGUGUGGCCGGAUCUUAGUACUAUCGACGAUAUCGUAGAUCGAAGAAAACUUUUCUACAUACCAAGGACCAAUAAUUCCUGAUAAUUAUUCCAAAGUUUGCUCACUCUUCAAGGUGUCGAUAAAGCAUCAGUAAUUAAUUUUAAUUCACGAAAUAUUCUCACUUACAACAAUAUAAGCACGAUAUCAAAAUAAACCAUCAGUGUUAUCAUCGAACCACAUAAGCCCA